AUGGCGCCCUCGUCGGUCCCCCCCAAUCCGACGGCCGUCAAUGUUGCCCAUCUCCUACCCAGACUCAGUGACGACGACCCCGACUUUCGCUUCAUGGCCCUGAGCGACCUGCACGACAUCCUCGUCGUUGCCCACCCUGGCCUCCUCGCACACGAUGAAGUCGUGGCCGCCCGCACUGUCGACGGCCUGCUCACCACACUCGUCGAUAGCAAUGGCGAGGUGCAGAAUCAGGCGGUCAAGUGCCUGGGACCCUUUGUCAACAAGUGUCCCGAGCGCAUUCUGCCGCCCAUGAUCGAUAAGCUGUCCAACCUGCCGACAGGUAAUACAGUCGACCAGGCCAUCCCCGCCCUAGCCCUCCGUGAAGUUGUCGUCUCCCUACCGCGUCCCGUCGCCGGCCUGAGCCGCAACAAAGCCGUCACCGACGCGUACAGCGCCAUAAGCCGCGUCUUAAUCCCGCGCCUCAUCGGCCACCAUGUCAUUGCGCCUGUCCAGCAGGGCCUGCCCAAGCCGCCCCCGGGCAUGUUGGAGACGGACCUGGCCAAAGGAACCGAUAGUAAUGCUAUUGACGUUCUCACCGAGGUUGCUCGCUGCUUUGGCCCCAUGCUGCAGGAGGUGGAGAUCGAGGCCCUGCAGAGCAUCACCUUCGACAUACUCGAAAAUGACCGCGCGAGCUCCAUGAUGAAGAAGAAGUCGGUCACCGCCAUCUCCACCCUGGCUGGCUACUUCUCAGACGCCCUCUUGAGCAACUUCCUCUCGCGCCUCAUCGAACUCCUACGAGACCCCCACCUCACACGCUCCAAGCGCAAGCUCUACAUCACCAUCCUCGGUUCCAUGGCGCGCUCUAUCCCCCGCAAAUUUGGGCCCUACCUUAAGACGCUCGCGCCAUUUGUCAUCAGUGCGCUGACUGCACAGGAACAGGACGAGGACAUGGACGCCUCGGACGACGAGGGCGAGCGAGAUCCUGAGAUUGACGAGGUCCUGGAAGCCGCACUCAUUGCACUCGAUAGCUUUCUCGCCUCCUGCCCACAAGACAUGCGCUUAUACACGGACGAAACCAUUGAUGCAGCUACACGCUAUAUCAAGUACGAUCCCAACCUCGCCCAAGACGAUGACGACGACGACGCACAUGACGAAGACGAUACGGGCAGUGACGACGAAGUAGCCCUCGAGGGUGAUGACUUUGAGGAAGAGGUUGGUUAUGACGAUGACGAAGACGCGAGCUGGAAGGUCCGCAGGUGCGCUACCAAGGUCCUGUACACCUUGAUCUCCACGCGGAGUAACGGCGAUCUGCUCGACGACGGCACACUUUACAACCGCGUCGCCCCAGUCCUUGUCACGCGAUUCAAGGAGCGUGAAGAUAACGUGCGACUAGAAGUGCUAGCUACCCUGUCAAACCUGGUUAAGAAAUCUGGUGACGGUCCCUCGCCCAUCAAGUUCGCCGAUGAGCUCCCGCAAGGCGGACUCAUGAUGCCUCCGCCAAGCAAAAAGCGUCGGCGUGGUGGUAGUGACGCCAGCAUGUUCGACCUUCAGGCUAGUUCCUCGCUGUCCAUGGGAUAUGCUUCACCCGCCCCGGCCGGUACACCGCCAGCUGGCCCUCGAGCGAGUCUUGCAAAGCUCAGUCCCGAGAUCGUAAAGGGUGUGGCACAGCUUCUGAAGCAGCCAUCCUGCCCACCUACUACCAAACAGGCGUCCAUUGUCCUAAUCAAAGACAUUGUCAUCACCCAGCGGGGAGGCCUCGAGGGCUUCCUUAGCCAAUUGAUUGGCCCUGUCGUUGACGCAGCCAAAACGACGAGUGGAUCGACGAGUAGUGCCUCUGCUACGGCAAACAGUUUGCGGGUCCAGGCUCUACAGCUGACAGGUGCCAUUGCCGACACACACUCUUCCAAAACCAUACAACCUUAUAUUGCUCCCAUUGUUGAAACUCUACUUCUCGGCGUCAAGGACAGGUACAGCAAGCUUUCGAUCGAAGCCCUUGCUGCAACGGAGCAAGUUGUCAAGGCUUUGACGCCUCCUCGGUCUGCCGCGGCUGGUAAUGAUACCCGGCAAUACCUGGAGCAACUUUACGAAGUACUAGUCGACCGGAUAGCCGCAAAUGAUGCCGAUGUAGAGGUCCGAAGGAGCGCCAUUCAUGUCCUUGGCCUGCUCCUGGGACGCACCUCGGGAACUGAGAGCCUUCUUGCGGCUGAAAAGCGUUCGGCUGGCCUUGAGCUUCUGGGCGACCGCCUGAAGAAUGAAUUAACGCGCCUUGCGUCUGUUCGUGCGAUCGAUUCUAUUGCUGCUCAUACAAAGACUGCGAGCGAGGUGUCAACCAAUUGGGUUCGAAGCGUAGCUCUGGAGCUCGGCGCACAGCUUCGAAAGGCUAGUCGGGCACUUCGCGGUGCCAGUCUUAGUGCUCUGCGGACGCUGUCAUUGAACUCGCACUCUCGAAGUCAGCUUGAUGGGCAGACCAAGACGCAGAUUGUCGAAAUGUUGCUACCAUUGCUCAACUCAGUAGACCUUCAUCUCCUUGGACCCGCCCUGGUCAUCCUUGCUACAUUCGUCAAGGACGAUGCGCAAGCCAUCAUGACGCCCGCUUUAAAUGCUGCCCUUUGCCAAGUCGUGCAAGGCUCCAUCAGUGGCUCUUCGUUGGACGCCCUGCUUAAGCUUGUGCGCACAAUUGGAGAACAGCGUUCCGGUCAGGCACUUAUGCAGUCCCUGCUUCGAGACGUCGGUGUUGCGGGACACGCAGAUGUCGUGGGCAAGGUCAUUGGAAAUCUCUUGGUCUAUGGCGGUGACAGUGUCGGCGUAAAACUCGAACAAUUCGUCGCAGAGCUCCAAACUGCGACCGACGAUAAGCGUAGGUGUCUGGCCCUAGUUGUGCUUGGUGAGUCGGCGAUGCGAUUGGGACAACAGUCAACAGUCGAUCCCGAGCUUUUCAUCAAGUACUUCACUGUACAGUCUGAACAGGUACCUCUCGCAGCUGCAGUUGCCCUCGGUCGUGCUGGUGCUGGAAAUGUUAGCAAGUACCUUCCCGUCAUCUUGUCUACUAUGGGUGAUGCCAAAGCUCCACAGUACCUACUUCUACACGCUAUUAAGGAGAUCCUUCAACAAGAGGAUACAGAAACCGAGAUCAUGCCCUUUGCUUCGACGCUCUGGAACAACCUUGUCGUUGCUUCACAACUAGAGGACAACAAGGCCAUCGGUGCAGAGUGCAUCGGACGCCUGACCAUCAUUGAUCCAAAGACAUACCUUCCUCAGCUCCAGGCCUUCUUGAACAAUGGCAAGGGUGGUGUCCGCGGCAUGGUCAUCUCUGCGCUCCGUUACACCUUCACAGAAACAGACGAAGCCUAUGACGAAUAUCUCAGCCCAAUCGUGGUUCCCAUGCUCAUCCAGAUGCUCGGCGAGCCUGAUUUGGAGAACCGCCGCUUAGCCCUUAUGACCUUCAACUCCGCCAUGCACAACAAACCUGACAUUAUCCUUCCAGCCCUGGACCAAUUAUUGCCGUUGACCAUGAAAGAGACUGUCAUCAAGCCAGAAUUGAUUCGCGAGGUGCAAAUGGGACCUUUCAAGCACAAGGUUGAUGAUGGACUAGAGAUUCGAAAGAGUGCAUAUGAGACUCUUUACGCUUUGCUAGAGAAGGCGUUUGCUAGGCUUUCACCGAUUGAGGUCUCGGAUUUCUUUGACCGCGUCGUGGCGGGUAUCGCCGAUGAACAUGACAUCCGCGUACUAUGCAAUCUUAUGCUGACAAAGCUAAUGGCGAUUGCACCCGACCAACUGCAUUCUCGACUUGAUGCCAUCGCCACAAAUUUCCGUGCCGUGUUGUCGGUCAAGGCCAAGGAGAAUGCCGUCAAACAAGAGAUUGAAAAGAUUGCAGAAGGCGCCAAGGGUGUACUGAAAGUAUCGGUUCAGCUCAACAAGCAAAUGGGUACAGAAGGCAACGGUAACCAAGAUGACGCAAAUUCGCGUCAGUGGUCGGCCUACUGGGAUUGGGUGUCGAAGGAACACUCGGCCGGCCUCAAAGCUGUCAUAGAUGAGCUGAAAGAUCGUGAUCGUUAG